AUAAUGCAUAAUGAUAAGACAGAAACCACCAAUAAUUGAAUUUAUUAGCAUUUAAUGGCAUGAUGAGAUCGUUAUUAUGUUACUACUAUAUAGGCAGAGCCCAACCCACCCAACACCAAUUCUAGAACUUUUAUUUUUCUUGAUGGCUGUUAACUGUACUUGUACAACUAAAAUCCCAAAUCAGAAAUAUGGAUCAUUUCUCAAGUAUCCAAACAAAGAAUUGAUGCUUAAACGUAACUAUGUCCCGCUGAAAAAGACAUCAACAGUAUUAAGGAGAAUCACAGCAUCCAUCAAGAACAAGUUAAAACAGGUUUAUGAAUCUGAGCCUGAGGGUGUAGUCUGCUACCAAGAUGAGCAUGGAGAAAUAAUUUGUGAAGGUUAUGAUGAAGGGCCUUGCUUUCAAAGAAUUUCAAAACCAAUCUAUUAUCAAUAUCCAAUUCCUCCAAGCAGAGAUGCAGAAAUCACAAAUAUUCUUCUUCGACAAAGUUGGCUCCAGAUCAGUGAUGAUGCAGAUGAUUAUGAAAGUGUUAAUGUUAUUAUUAAACUACAAUGGUUUUAACUCAUUCCGAGCCUGAACCUCAAUGAUAUCGAUCGGAAACAGUUACUUACCAGUUACCACCACUAUAUAUAUAUAUGGUUUAGUAUAUCUCAAACAUUAAUCAAAUAGCAUUUGUUCACAAA